GGCUCACCGAUUCGAGCCUCGAUAUUUCAUUCCCCAACACCAACCGCUCUUAACACUUUGACGCCGUUCCGAAUCGACACCUACCAGAACGACGAUUUCUCCCCGCUGUUUCGAGUUUCCCCGCAAGCAUUCUCCGCACACAUCGAGCUAGGACGGCGAGUGAGGGGCCCGCGGUGGUCGUGGCCUACAUUUGUAAAGCGUUGCGAUGGCGGUCAACAGGAUAAGAGGCGCCUUCGCGGUGCCGAGGAAGGGAGAGACGUUCGAACUGAGGGCAGGCUUAGUAUCCCAAUAUGCAUACGAACGGAAGGAAGCCAUUCAGAAGACCAUCAUGUCCAUGACACUGGGCAAGGAUGUGUCUGCGCUGUUCCCUGACGUACUCAAGAACAUUGCGACUGCGGAUCUCGACCAGAAGAAGCUGGUGUAUCUAUACCUUAUGAACUACGCCAAAUCGCAUCCCGACCUGUGUAUUCUCGCCGUCAAUACGUUCGUCCAAGACUCGGAAGAUCCAAACCCCCUGGUACGCGCGCUCGCCAUACGGACAAUGGGCUGUAUUCGGGUAGAGAAAAUGGUAGACUACAUGGAAGAACCCUUGCGCAAAACGCUCAGAGACGAAUCGCCAUAUGUCCGGAAAACGGCAGCUCUUUGCGUCGCGAAGCUGUACGAUCUGAACCCCGCUCUAUGCAUAGAGAAUGGCUUUAUCGAGCAAUUGCAAGAGAUGGUUGGCGACCCGAACCCUAUGGUGGUCGCAAACUCGGUCACAGCGCUCGUCGAGAUACAGGAAACAAGUCCCGAAACAAAAGCUUUCACCAUCACCGCCGUAACGCUCAAGAAGAUGUUGAUGGCUCUCAAUGAAUGCACAGAAUGGGGUCGCGUUACUAUCUUGACUACCCUUGCCGACUACAAAGCGCAAGAUAUAAAGGAGGCGGAGCACAUUUGCGAGAGGGUGUCACCUCAGUUUCAGCACGUAAAUCCGAGUGUGGUGCUCGCUGCUGUGAAGGUUGUCUUCCUGCAUAUGAAGAACAUCUCGCCCGAGCUCGUCAAAUCAUACACCAAAAAAAUGGCGCCACCACUAGUUACACUCAUCUCCUCCGCACCUGAAGUCCAAUAUGUGGCUCUUAGGAACAUUGACCUGAUCCUCCAAAAGCAGCCUGACAUUCUGAGCAAAGAGAUGCGCGUCUUUUUCUGCAAGUACAAUGAUCCGCCAUACCUGAAGCUCCAAAAACUCGAUAUUAUGGUUCGGAUAGCGAACGACAAGAACGUGGACCAGCUGCUGGCGGAAUUGAAGGAAUAUGCCAUGGAAGUUGACAUGGAUUUUGUCCGACGAGCAGUCAAAGCCAUCGGUCAAGUGGCCAUCAAAAUCGAAAGCGCGAGCGAAAAAUGCGUAAACACUCUCCUGGACCUGAUCAACACCAAAGUAAAUUACGUGGUACAGGAAGCAGUAGUAGUGAUCAAGGACAUAUUCCGAAAGUACCCUGGAUACGAAGGCAUAAUACCGACGCUUUGUCAAUGUAUCGAUGAGCUGGAUGAGCCAAAUGCCCGAGCAGCUCUCAUUUGGAUCGUGGGCGAAUACGCUGAGAAGAUCAACAACGCUGGUGAAAUUCUCACUAGCUUUGUUGACACUUUUGCGGAAGAGUUCACUCAAGUACAACUCCAGAUCCUUACUGCUGUUGUCAAGCUUUUCUUGAAGAAGCCGGACGAAUCCCAAGGUUUAGUACAAAAGGUCUUGCAGGCGGCAACAGCAGAAAACGACAACCCCGAUAUCCGUGACCGAGCAUACGUCUACUGGCGAUUGCUGUCCAGUGAUCCCCAGGUCGCAAAGAAUAUCGUCCUCUCUGACAAGCCCGCAAUCACCAGCACUAUCCCGGCUAUGCCGCCUCAAUUACUAGAACAGCUCCUGGCGGAGCUCUCGACGCUUGCUUCAGUGUACCACAAGCCUCCGGAGGCCUUCCUCGGCCAGGGCCGGUAUGGUGCAGAAGCCAUGCAAAGAGCCGCCAUCGAGGAACAACGAGAGAAUGCGCUCGAGAACCCUAUUGCUGCAGACGCUGUCGCAGCGGCCGCUUCUGGUGGCCAGGCAGCACCUCAAUCAAACAUUGAAAACCUGCUCGACAUCGAUUUCGAUGGCUCCGCACCAGCAUCAUUACAGAAGCAGCCUUCAAAGGGCGAAUCGGGAUUGGAAGGGCUGGCUGGUACGCCUCAGCGUGUUGCUUCACCUGCAGCAGGGAACGCUGCACCUGCAUCGACUAUGGACGACUUGAUGGGUCUUUUUGGAGAAGGUGGUGGAGGGGCACAGCCUACGGGUCCGAUGACCAACGACGACAUCAUGAACGGUUUUGCUGGCAUGAACAUAUCAGGAAACAGCCAACCACCGCCGCCACAACAGCAGCUGGGCGGACAGUCUGCACCAAAGAGCAACCAGGAUCUGUUGGACCUGUUCUAGACGUGUCUCGGGCGAUCAGUAUCUCAGGUUUUGUCGGGUGAAAAGCUGUCGAUAGCAUUUUGCGGGCGUAUUGCGGGCUGCGAGGGCUGCGAGCUUGUACGAGACUAUGUAGACAAUGAACAGGCCGCAAUGUACAUGGCUACCUUGCCGAGGAAUAUGCGAC